CCUUGUCACGUGAGCGCAUGGCCACGCCCACCUUUUACAGUGACGCUCUGGACAACUGGUGGCAGCUCCGUUUCCAAGGACGCGCGCGCCUCCAACUUCCGGCCGCGAGAGGCGCGCCCAGGACCCUGACUAGGGAAUCCCGCUCUGCGCGGCACCACCAGACCUAGACUCGGACGAGCCGGGACGCCCGGAGAUGGGCAGCAAUGACUCCUCCCUUAUGGCUGGGAUCAUUUACUACAGCCGAGAAAAGUACUUUCGCCAUGUGCAGCAAGUCGCAGCCAUGGGCCUGGAAAAAUUCAGCAAUGACCCCGUGCUGCAGUUCUUUAAAGCCUAUGGAGUCCUCGGGGAAGAGCGCAUCCAGGAUGCCAUCAGCAGCCUGGAGAGCAUCCGGAAUCACCCAGACGUGUCCCUGUGCUCCAUCAUGGCCCUUAUUUAUGCUCACAAGUGCUGCAAAACCAUCGACCAAAAAGAGAUUCAGGAGCUGGAGAGCAGCCUGAAGGAAACCCGCAAGACAGCCAGCAGGACUGCCCUGUACUAUGCCGGCCUCUUCCUGUGGCUCAUAGGCUACCAUGACAAGGCCAAGGAGUACACUGACCGCAUGCUGAAGAUCUCCAGCAGCUCCAGAGAGGGCUGUGUGCUCAGAGGCUGGGUGGACCUCAGUUCAGACAAGCCUCACACAGUGAAGAAGUCUAUCAAGUACCUGGAGCAAGGAAUUCAGGACACCAACGACGUGCUGGGGCUGAUGGGAAAGGCAACUUACUUCAUGAUGCUGCAGAAUUACUCAGGGGCCCUGGAGGUGGUGAACCAGAUCACUGUCAUCUCGGGGAGCUUCCUGCCCGCCUUGGUCCUAAAGAUGCGGCUGUUCUUGGCUCGGCAGGACUGGGACCAGACGGUAGAAAUGGGACACAGAAUCCUAGAAAAGGAUGAAAGCAAUAUUGAUGCCUGCCAAAUUCUAGCUCUGCAUGAGCUUGCAAGAGAAGGAAACAUCACCACGGCUGCCGAGCACGUUAGAAAUCUGAUUAAGGCACUGGAGACAAGAGAGCCCCAAAAUCCAAGCCUCCAUCUUAAAAAAAUUCUCGUAGUGGGCAGAAUGUGUGGGAGGCACCAGACGAUUCUGCAGCUAGUGUGUAGCUUCAUUGAGCGAAACUUCAUGGCCACAUCCUCCUAUGCCCACGUGGCCACAGAGCUGGGCUAUCUCCUCAUCCUGCAGGACCAAGUGAGGGAGGCGGCUCUGUGGUACUCGGAGGCCAUGAAACUGGACGUGAGCAGUGUGGCUGCCUUGACAGGGAUCAUCUGGAGCCAGAUCUUAGAGGGCCACCUGGAGGAGGCCGAGCACCAGCUGGAAUUCCUGAAGGAGGUGCAGCAGUCCCUUGGGAAGUCUGAGGUGCUGGUUUUCCUCCAAGCCCUCCUGGCGUCCAGGAAGCACAAGGGGGAGCAGGAGACCACAGUGCUGCUGAAGGAGGCAGCUGAGCUGCACUUCUCCAACAUGCAGGCCCUCCCCCUGGGCCCUGAGUACUUCGAAAGGCUCGACCCCUUCUUCCUGGUCUGCAUCGCCAAGGAGUACUUGUUCUUCUGCCCCAAGCAGCCCCGGUCGCCAGGCCAGAUUGUGUCUCCGCUUCUUAAACAAGUUGCUGCGAUCCUGAAUCCUGUAGUCAAGGCAGCACCAGCUCUGAUCGACCCGCUGUAUGUGAUGGCCCAGGUCAAGUAUCUCUCAGGAGAGUUGGAGAAUGCCCAGAGCAUCCUGCAGCGUUGCCUAGAGCUGGACCCCACCUUCGUGGAUGCCCACCUCCUCAUGGCCCAGAUCUACCUGGCUCAGGGCAGCUUUGCCAUGUGCUCCCACUGCUUGGAGCUGGGCGUCAGCCACAACUUCCAGGUCCGAGACCACCCCCUCUACCAUUUCAUCAAGGCCAGGGCCCUCAACAAGUCUGGGGACUACCCAGAAGCCAUAAAGGCACUGAAGAUGAUCGUAAAAUUACCAACUCAGAAGAUGGAAGAAAGCAAGAAGUUCCGUGGGCCCUCGGUGCAGCCCAGUGAGCGGGUAUCCAUCCUUCUGGAACUGGCAGAUGCCCUCCGGAUGAACGGGGAACUGCACGAGGCCACCAAGAUCAUGCAGGAUGCCAUCAAUGAGUUCAGCGGUACGCCAGAGGAGAUCCGCAUCACCAUCGCCAACGUGGACUUGGCCCUGAGCAAGGGGGACGUGGACCUGGCGCUGAGCGUGCUGAGGAACGUCACACCCAAGCAGCCCUGCUACACGGAGGCCAAGGAGAAGAUGGCCAGCAUCUACCUGCAGACGCGCAAGGACGUCCGCCUCUAUAUCGGGUGCUACCGGGAGCUCUGUGAACAUCUGCCCAGCCCCCACACCAGUCUGCUACUGGGUGAUGCUUUCAUGAACAUUCAGGAGCCUGAGAAGGCCCUGGAGGUCUACGACGAAGCCUACAGAAAGAACCCACACGAUGCAUCGCUGGUCAGCAGGAUUGGGCAAGCUUACGUGAAGACCCACCAGUACACCAAGGCAAUUAAUUAUUAUGAGGCUGCUCAGAAGAUUAGUGGACAGGACUUUCUGUGCUGUGAUCUGGCUGAACUGCUCCUGAAGCUGAAGAAGUUCAACAAAGCAGAAAAAAUUCUGAAGCAGGCACUGGAUCAUGACUUUGUCAAAGACAUCCCAUCCAUGAUGAAUGACGUCAAGUGCUUACUUUUGCUGGCAAAGGUUUACAAGAGCCAUAAAAAAGAAGAUGUGGUAGAAACUUUGAACAAGGCCAUGGACCUCCAGUCUCGGAUCUUGAAGCGUGUCCCUCUGGAGCAACCGGAAGUGAUCCCCUCCCAGAAGCAACUAGCAGCCUCCAUCUGCAUCCAGUUUGGGGAGUACUACCUGGCCGAGAAGGAGUUCACCAAGGCAGUGCGGUCUUACAAGGAUGCCCUCUCCUACUCGCCCACUGACAAUAAGGUGGGUCUGGAGCUGGCGCGGCUCUACCUGCUGCAGGGGCACCUGGACUUGUGUGAGCAGCAGUGCGCCAUCCUCCUGCAGACCGAGAAGAACCAUGAGAUGGCCUCUGUGAUGAUGGCUGACCUGAUGUUUAGAAAACAGAAAUAUGAAGCUGCCAUCGGUCUCUACCACCAAGUCCUGGAGAAAGCACCAGACAAUUUUCCUGUAUUGAACAAACUAAUUGAUCUGCUGCGAAGAAGUGGCAGACUUGAAGAUGCCCCUGCCUUCUUUGAAUUGGCCAAGAUGUCCAGCCGGGUGCCUUGGGAGCCAGGGUUCAACUACUGCAGGGGCAUCUACUGCUGGUACCUAGGGCAGCCCAAUGAAGCCCUGAAGUUCCUGAACAAAGCGCGCAGGGACAGCACUUGGGGCCAGAGCGCCACAUAUCACAUGGUGCAGAUCUGUUUGAACCCAGACAACGAGAUCGUGGGCGGAGAAGCUUUCGAGAACCUGGUGGCUGAGAGCAACAGGAAGGAGUGGGAGCAGCACGGCGUGCGCACCGCAGAGAAGCUGCUGCGGGAGUUCUACCCGCACUCCGCCUGGGGCCAGACCCAGCUGCGGCUGCUGCAGAGCCUGUGCCUGCUGGCCACCAGGGAGAAGGCUAAUGUGGAGGCGGCCCUGGGCACCUUCAUUGAGAUGGCCCAAGCCGAGAAGGACAGCAUCCCCGCUCUGCUCGCCAUAGCGCAGGCCUACAUGCUGCUGAAGCAGGUCCCCAAGGCGCGCACUCAGUUGAAGCGUCUGGCCAAGGCUCCGUGGGCACUGGCCGAGGCUGAGGACCUGGAGAAGAGCUGGCUCCUGCUGGCCGACAUCUACUGCCAGGGCGGCAAGUUCGACCUGGCCUCGGAGCUGCUGCGGCGCUGCAUGCAGUACAACAAGGCGAGGGGCGCGCCGCCAUCGGGAUGCGUGGGCUUUGGGGCAGAGAUUCGGGGUGAACAGGAUGGAAGAGUCCUGCUGCAAGGCCUACGAGUACAUGGGCUUCAUUAUGGAGAGGGAGCAGUCCUACAAGGAUGCAGCCACCAACUACGAGCUGGCCUGGAAGUACAGCCAUCACGCCAACCCCACCAUUGGCUUCAAACUCGCUUUCAACUACUUGAAGGACAAGAGGUUCGUGGAGGCCAUCGAAGUCUGCCACAAUGUCCUCAGGAAACACCCCCACUACCCCAAAAUCAGAGAAGAAAUUCUGGAAAAGGCCCAAGGGUCUCUGCGGCCGUAGAUGUGGUCAGUGGGAACCAGGGAUGGCAGUAAUGGGCCAGUCUGAUCUCAGGGGAAGGAACUCUGAAUUGGGAGGCCUAGAGUCUCCCCGGGUGACCUUCCCCUCUGGGUCUGUGUCCCCCUCUAUGGCAGGAAAUUAGACUGGGUCUGUGUGUUCCCAAAUCAUGGUACAAAUCCCUGCCAGUGAUAUCCAGCAAACAUUUUAAAGUUUAAUAACUGUGUGUUUAAGUAUCUUCUUUAUGUAACAGAGAAAAAUAGCACAACAAACUUGAGAAUUCGUGGGUGUUGUGACAUAGAAUGGUUCUAACUUUUAAGCAUAUUGAUAAAACUGAUACAAAGUAAAAUACUUA